ACAGGUGUUCCGAUACAGAGACAGAGAAAGAGACGUAUUUAUAGGGAGAGAGAGAGAGAGAGGUGGGAAGGAGGGACGAGCAGGCCUAUUCCACGAGCUACUGCUGCUGCUGCUGCUGCUGCUGUCGCCCUGCCGUGGAAAUGCUGCAUCCCGCGGCGGGUGCCGGCAGAAGAGAGAGCCCGAGGCUGGAUGUCACAGUCCGCGCUAAGUCUCCCGAAGGCGUCUGUGUGGAAUCUCACCGCGCCAGCUAUGUCAGGCAACGUCAAGCUCGACACGGUUAUCUUGGCGCCGCGGGAGAGCUUCAUGCGGGCAUCGUUGAACUCCUUGCAAACGAGAUCCUGGAUGACCUGUUGGAGGGGUCUUGCGGGGAGAUGGACUCCGUGGUCGUCGGCUUAGCUGCCGUCUCCGUCAGAGACAGCGUGUCUUGAAGAGCAAAAGGCCGGGAGAGGCACUGCUGCUGCUGCUGUCUCUUCUUCUUUUGUGUAUCUCCGGGAAGGAACACAGCUGUGUGUGCAUAGAUAGCUGGAGAGGAAGGGACUGGCGGUGAUGUGACUGACCUUCGCGGGUAAAGCAAGAGCCGUGUUGAGCAGAGGUGCGGGUUGACACUCCUC